CGUAGUGUAAACAUUUAAACAGCUCUGCAUCUUUUACAUAAAAAAUGUCUGAUAAGUAUACAAUACGUCACAAAAAGUAAGCAGUAGACGCAUAUUCAAUUAUAAAGAACGUUACACAGAAUAAGGUCUACAGAGAAUAGGGACAAAGUAAGAUGGUGCUACUGCUGCUAUUGUAUUCGGCAAGUAUUCUACUGGUUAUAUUUUACCUUCAGUUCCGGUGGCGAUACAGAUAUAUUUUGGCCACAGCCAAAAAAUUGCCUUCUCCACCAGGAUGGCCACUCAUUGGCAAUGCCCUUUUACGCCCAGGGGAUAUUCCUUGUACAACGAAAAAUCUGUUCAAAAAUCUUAUAAAGUUUAAAAGGCGUUUCUGCUUUUGGGUUGGACCUGUACCGACUUUUGUAAUAUCUGACCCCUCAGAUGUGCGGAUUAUUCUGAAUAGUAGUACCACGUUAGAAAAAGACGAUAAAAUGUACAAAAUUAUGAAGAUCCUUCUAGGAAAAGGAUUAAUAACUGCAAAAGUUUCAGUUUGGAAGAAGACUCGGCGUUUGAUCAAUCCAGUGUUUCACCCCACAAACAUUGAGAACUUCCUUCCUGUAUUUAAUGAAGUGAGCAGAGAAGUGGUCCAACAUAUAGGCGUAGAAGGCGAGAUAUUUGACUCUUAUGAUUUGUCCUUCAAUGCAGCGCUGGAUGCUAUAUCAAGAACUGUUCUUUCAAAACGAUCUGUGAACAAAACAAUUAGGGAAUCAAUUCAUACAGGAUUGCAAAACCAUGGUGAAUUGGUUUAUGAAAGCAUUUACAAGCCUUGGCUUCACAUAAAAUGGAUUGCAAUGCUAGUAGGAGACAAAAUUAGUUACACAAAGCAGCUUUAUUCUGAAAUAACAGAGUAUUUUGAUAAGCUUUGGAAGGAAGAACUCUGUGGUGAAGAGUACUACCAAAAACAAAAGUUGGGAUAUAAGGAUUCACAUUGCAAAACCCUUCUGGAUGUAUCCAUGGAUAAUCCGUCUGUCGCUGGCGAUGACCAUUACUGGAGGGAUGAAAGGCACACAAUGCUGGCUGCUGGAACGGAAACUCUAGCCUCGGCUCUUUCAUUUUUUUACAGUAAUUCUUGCCAAUCACUCAGAUGUGCAGGAAAAAAUCUACAGAGAGAUUCUGCAGGAAGUUAAGGACCCUAGUGACGUCACUCUCUCUGACCUGAGAUCUCUGAGAUAUCUUGAACAAUCUCUCAUGGAAUCUAUGCGACUAUAUCCAAGUAUUCCCACCAUUGUGAGGAAAGUUACUAGGAACACAA